AUGGCUGUUUCCACUACAUUCAAGCUCUCGCUCUUAUUCACUCUCAUCUCACUUUCAUUAUCGGCUAUUCCCCCGACGUGCAAGCGCAUAGAGUGUCCCAAUUACGAUGUCAUACAAGCCGGAAAUGGCUACGAAAUCCGUCGAUAUAACUCAACUGUUUGGAUUUCUAGUGACCCAAUUCAAGAAAUUUCUCUCGUUGAAGCUACAAGAACCGGUUUCUUGAGGCUUUUUGAUUAUAUUCAGGGUAAGAACAACUACCAGCAAAAAAUUGAGAUGACAGCACCCGUUCUCUCUGAAGUCUUACCUAGUGAUGGACCCUUUUGCAAGUCUUCAUUUGUUGUAAGCUUUUAUGUGCCUAAAAAGAACCAAGCAAAUCCACCUCCUGCAAAGGGUCUUCAAGUUCAAAGAUGGAAAACUGUGUAUGCAGCUGUUAGACAGUUUGGUGGAUUUGUCAAAGAUACAGACGUUGGUGAGGAAGCUGCGGCUUUGAAGGAAAGUAUUGCUGGUACUAAGUGGUCAUCUGCUAUUGAUCAAAGCCGUAGAGCUGGUCAUGCUUCAGUUUACUCUGUGGCUCAGUACAAUGCCCCUUUUGAAUUUGAUAAUCGGGUGAAUGAGAUAUGGUUCUUGUUUGAUUUGGAAAGUGGAUCGCGUGCUAUGUGA